GUGCGACUCGGAAAGGCUCCUGGGAAAUUCCCACGGCCCGGGGACUUUGGAAAGAAGAGAGCGAGCAGCCGCUCCGCGCGCGCGCGCGCGCGCGAGUCUGCAAGUGAGCGCUCAGCUCGGCACCUGUUCCUCCCGCGCCACCGCCUUCCCACCCCUCCGACCCGCGCUUCCUCGGGCGUCCGCCCUCUCCCGCGAUGAAUUCGGCUCUGGGCAACCAGACCGAUGUGGCGGGCCUGUUCUUGGCCAACAGCAGCGAGGCGCUGGAGCGCGCCGUGCGCUGCUGCACCCAGGCGUCCGUGGUAACCGACGACGGCUUCGCCGAGGGCGGCCCAGACGAGCGCAGCCUGUACAUCAUGCGCGUGGUGCAGAUCGCCGUCAUGUGCGUGCUUUCGCUCACCGUGGUCUUCGGAAUCUUCUUCCUCGGCUGCAACCUUCUCAUCAAGUCCGAGGGCAUGAUCAACUUCCUGGUGAAGGACCGGAGACCUUCUAAGGAGGUGGAGGCGGUGGUCGUGGGGCCCUACUGACCGUCUCUCCCGCCCCCGCGGCAGCCGCCCCACGCCUCCCCACUUCGCCAGACCGACCGCGCCCCCUCACCAUCCGAGAAUGGGCGAAGCAAACCUGUCGGAGUCAGUUAUUUCUCUCGACUUCUGCCUUUCGGGAUGAAGCGACCUGUUUCUCGCUCGGUCUUUCAAAGUCCCCAUGCCUGCUGCAGGAGGAAAGCGCCCUGAUUCUGGACUCAGCAGCAAGUGGCAAGAAGACAGAGAUUAGGGCGCAAACUUUGGAAGCUGUCGCUAGCUUGAGAUGCGGGGAAAUCGACGGGCGAAGGCCCUUCUCCACCCGCAGGUGGGCCAAGCUCUGGGGGCAGGUGGAGAGGGUGGGCAGGGGAGAGACCCAGCGGCACUGAAUGCCCGGUGGCCGAGAAAGUGAUCUGUAUAUACACCACGCAACAGAACUAAUGAGGACACAGAAAUCCGUGUCCAAAUUCGCGCCCAUUCUCUCCCGCUUCUCCCAGCCCUAGCGGGAGAGGCGGUAAAUUCCUUUGAUUAGUUAUAACGUGCGGUUUUAAGGGAUUUUAGUGUUAGUUUGCUUGAAUACAAAUAUUUGAUAAGUCUUUGUCUGCCCUAGUGGCCUGUUUGCCUGCCUGGGAUUAGAGUUUUAUCAUCGUGGGAAAAGGGGUGGGGGAGGGGAACUUGCGAAUGUGAACGGGGUGAGUUGUUUCUUUUAUUGCAUUUAUAACUGGAUCUUUUGCGGGAGCUGGCACCUCAGCUGCCCGGGGCAAAGACCCAGACUAGAACUCUUACGUAGCUGCACGGUUUACGCCACAAAAGUGCUCUUGACAUUCGUGACACCGUUUUGACCUUUUUUUUUUUUCUUAGAUAACAUUUCCUUAAUAAAUGCAACAUUUAAGUGUUU